GAAAAUUCACCAUCAGCAUGUGCAUAUAUAUGUGAAGGAAAUAGCUCGAAGAGUUUAUUCUGAGACAGCGAAAUGUAUAGGACGGCAGUGUUUUGUCUUCUGGUAGCUCUCUCACCGAAAUCGAGUGCAUCGCAGCCGCAUGACAGGUCACCCCUUGUUACGACGAUGCAUGGGGUUCUGAGAGGGAGUGUCAUUCAGUCUCGUCUCGGAAGGCCCAUAUAUUCCUUCCGAGGAGUUCGUUUCGCUCAGCCACCUGUUGGAAAUCUAAGAUUUAAGGCCCCUGUACCAGUAGACCCAUGGCAGGGAAUCCAGAAUGCAACUGAAGAUGGUGCUGCAUGUCCUCAACCAGAAGAAAACUACUUUGUUUCAACCUCAGAAGAUUGUUUAUUUCUAAAUGUAUACACAACUAAGCUACCAGAAGUACAAUAUAACCUGAAGAGACCAGUCAUGGUGUUCUUCCAUCCUGGUGGAUUUUACAGUGCAACUGGACAUAGUAAGGUGUAUGGGCCACAGUACUUGAUGGAUCACGACAUUGUUCUUGUGACAACCAACUACAGGCUGGGAGCUUUAGGAUUCUUAAGCACAGGUGAUGAAGUGCUUCCUGGGAACUAUGGAAUGAAGGAUCAAGUAGCAACACUGCAUUGGGUGAAACAGAAUAUUGCAGCAUUUGGUGGUAAUCCUGACAGUGUCACUAUUGCAGGCUACAGUGUUGGCUCUAUUAGUGUAAUGUUGCACAUGGUGUCACCUAUGUCACAAGGCCUCUUCCAUCAAGGAAUAGCCAUGAGUGGUUCUUCGUUUCUGGAUUCAUUCUUUGAAAAAAAUCGUCUCGCCUUUGCAAAGAAGCAAUCCGCUUUGUUAAAUUGUCCAACAUAUACCUCACAAGAAAUAAAGGAUUGCCUCAUGAAGAAGGGAGCACAGGAAAUUGCUAGUUCAUUGAACAGAUUGGCUGAAUGGGGCCCUGAACCAGUUACCACAUAUAUCCCAGUAAUUGAACCAGAUGUGAUUGCUGAAAGAUUUUUAGAAGCUGAUCCAACAGAACUAUUUCUCUCUGGAAAAUUUGCCAAAGUGCCCUUAAUCACUGGAAUAACAAAGGAUGGAGUUUCACAUAAAGCACUGUCUGUCAUUCUAAACUCCUCUUUGGCUGAGGAUAUGGACAAUAACUUUGAUACUGUGGCUCCAAUAGCAUUCUUCUAUGAAAGGAACACAGAGCGAUCUCAUAUUAUCAGUCAAGAGCUCAGAAAAUUCUACUUGAAAGGUCAACAUCUGACCAAUACUUCUUUAUCAGAUCUAGGAGAGUUAUUUACAGAUGCCAUAAUUGGAUUUCCUGAAGACAGGGCUUCAACUGUUAUAUCUCAUCUGAGCGGUGCACCUCUCUAUUACUACAAGUUCUCAUACCAAGGCCGUUAUAGUAGUGUGUAUCGUCCACAUACGAACAUUCCAUAUGGGGUGGUUCACUAUGAUGACCAAAUGUACUUAUUCUUCAUACCCACACUAGCCCCAUAUUUUAAACCUGAAGAUCCUGAGACUAAAAUUGUGGAGAGACAAACCAAGAUGUGGGCAAACUUCAUCCAAACAGGAAACCCAACUCCUCAGAAGUCAGACCUCUUUGAAAAUGUAAUAUGGCAACAGCGAACUCCCAAGAACCUUGCCUAUCUGGAUAUUGGUUCAGAUUUGGAGAUGAAGAAAGGGCUGUAUAAAGAACGUAUGGCAGUCUGGGAACGUCUUUUUCCACUGCCCACAUUCUCUUAGUCAUCACACCAUAAUUCACAGUGAAUUCAAUAAAAUAAAAUAAGUAUGGUUAUUAGUCACUAAUAUGCUGUAUAUCUGAAGAUGUAACAUUGCUAUUAUUCUAGUACUAGUGUAGUCAUUGGAAAGCGAAAUGAUGGGUUCAUUUAAAACAUGUUUACUUACUGUUGUAACAAAACAUGUUUUACGUUGUUAGGUAAUGUAGUCUUAACUCAAGGAAAUGUACGUACUGUAAUGAACGUAUCUCAAAUAAAGGCAUGCAUCAAACUAA